AUGUCUGUGGUCUAAACCCGUGUAGCGGCACGCCGGCAAACAAGCGCUGGUUUGUUUGUUUGUUCUAUUCUGGAUAUUUAACCUGCAAAACUUCAGGCUGCUCCCACGAGCGCCAAGGGGUAACACAUAACAGUGUUGGUUCCGUAGUAUGAUAACAUCGCCACACCAUCGCCUUCAGUUGAGAAUUGACAUAUAGGCUGUGAGCCCUGUUGAGCGAUCUUUACCUCUACUACUGCUCUACUGUAAUGCCCCGCAACAAAAAGGUGUUGGAUCCUUCUCAACACCCCGAAACGAAGCGCCCUGCCCCCGAGAAUAAUCUGCAGGCACCAUCACAAGCAUCAACUUCCUCCGAGGUUCCCCUGGUCCUUGUCGACAGCGCCCCAAUAGAGGAUCAUAACAAAAGUCACCACAACUCACCCGAUAACUCGAUUAGAUCUCGCCUCAGGCCUCCUAAUACCACACGGACCUCGCAGUCCGGCUCCCGCAGCCGUAGGGAGCCAAAGCGACAAGUGCGUUCUGGGAGCGUGACUGCACCGCCCAGCAGUAGUGAAAGUUCUGAUCCCAAUCAUAUUUAUCGAUCAAACGUAUCCCCCUCCUGGGCUUCGGGCUCUACUACAUCUGUCCACCCGUCCCUUGCCGAUCCCGAAUCGUCGCUAUCCCUCCCUUCCUCUCCAGGGAGUACUGACAACCCUCGCCCAACACCAAGAACAGACAGUGCUCACAGCAGUUUUACGAGCUUUCCUGCAAGGCUACAGGAUGCAAGCAUAGGCAUUGAUGUGCCUUCCUUGUCGAAACCAGUGUCAUCGUCUGCCAGCGCGGGUGGGGAUAUAAAGAAAUCAUUCAUUAGCGAUCCCUGACCUGCUCCUGAUAUUACUCCAAGUCUAUGAGUCAGUGGAUAACAAUCGCAAAGAUAUCAAAGGCCUAGACAACGAGGUUCAAAAUGCUUAUAUUACAA